AGCGGUAAUGCGUUUGCCAACCGACAUUAAACCAACGAAGAAGAAAAAGAAGUUAGCAUAGCUGCAAAAAAAAGUAGAAGCUGAAAACAAAGUCGAACUGCGAUGCGGUGUAUUCCAGUUUAAAAACAUUCAACAUGUUGAAAGAGUGUGUGAAGGAGCGACUGAUGGCGGCGGCGGAUGAAAUAUUUGCGCUGUUUGAAAGAAUGAUAGCGUCGUACGAGGAGGAACUUUCUCGAACAAGAGAGGAGAAGGAGCGACAUCGACGACAACUGGAAGCUGUUGUCAAGACUCAGACUGUGCUACCCGGUAAAAAUGUCCAGCAAGUUAAAGAGGAAGAGGAGGAACUCUGGACCGCUGAGGAGGGAGAGUGUUCUUUAAGGCCAGAAGAGGCCGAUGUGUCUGUUGUCUCUGUGGAGAUUGAAGAUGAUGAUGAGGAACCAAAAGCAAACGUCUUAGCUUCACUAACAUAUAAUGUCCAGCAGCCCCCACAACUUAAAGAGGAAGAGCAGGGAGAGUGUCUUUUAGGGCCAGAAGAGGCUGAUGUGACUGUUGUCUCUGUGAAAACUGAAGAUGAUGACGAGGACCCAAAAGCAAACGUUUUAGCUUCACUAACGUAUAGUAAGGACACGGCAUCACACUCUCCUGAGAGUGAAGACAGGAAAGACACCCAAGAAGCUUUGAGCAGCGAUACAGACUGUGAAGGUGAUAUGAGGACUCACGCUGACAACAAACAAUGCUCUGAAAAGAAGAUGCGUACAGAAGGAUUUACUUGCUCAGUUUGUGCUAAGAGGUUUUCUUUUCAGAGUCAUUUGAAAGAACACAUGCGAACACAUACCGGAGAAAAACCUUUCAGAUGCUUGGUUUGCGCCAAAAGAUUUUCCCACCGUUCAACAAUGGUCUCCCACAAGAGGACACACACAGGAGAAAAACCUUUUAAAUGCUCUGUUUGUGGCGACAGCUUUUCCCGAAAAAGCAACGUGACCCAACACAUGCGAAUGCACAUGAGAGAAAAACCUUUUAGUUGCACAGUUUGUGGCAAAGAAUUUACUCAAAAGGCCCACAUGAUAUCACACAUGAGAACGCACACGGGAGAAAAACCUUUCAGUUGUUCGGACUGCGGUAAAACUUUCGCUAAAAAGGCAAACAUGCUGGGGCACACCAGAACUCACACAGGAGAAAAACCUUUUAUUUGCCCAAUCUGUGGCGAUAGUUUUGUCCAAAAAGUAUCUUUGAUUGCACACAGAAGAACACACACGGGAGAAAAACCAUUUAAAUGCACAGUUUGUGGCAAAAGUUAUUCCUAUAAGAAGACAUUAACAGCACAUGUGAGGACACACAAAGGAGAUUAAACAGCUCCCUGUCCAUUGUGCUAAAAACCAUAUAGAUUUUGUGUGGUGUUAACAGUAGCUACACAACUUUAAAUCAACACUGAUGCAACAUUUGUGUUUGGAGUUUUACUGCAUUCUAGGAAACACACACAUCCAUAAUCUAUUAUUGUUUAUCACAUGUGCUGUUAUUUUUUCGGUCAUCGUUGUUAGCGUAUUUUUCGGAUUAUAAAUCGCAGUUUUUUUCAUAGUUUGGCCGGGGGUGCGACUUAUACUCAGGAGCGACUUAUGUGUGAAAUUAUUAACAUUUUACCGUAAAAUAUCAAAUAAUAUUAUUUAGAUCCUUCAUGGAAGAGACUAGACGUAUAAGAUUUAAUCGGAUUUAGCAAUUAGGAGUGAUAGAUUGUUUGGUAAAUGUAUAGCAUGUUCGAUAUGUUGUAGUUAUUUGAAUGACUCUUACCAUAAUAUGAUACGUUAACAUACCAGGCACCUUCUCAGUUGGUUAUUUAUGCGUCAUAUAACGUACACUUAUUCAGCCUGUUGUUCACUAUUCUUUAUUUAUUUUAAAUUGCCUUUCAAAUGUCUAUUCUUGGUGUUGGAUUUUAUCAAAUAAAUUUCCCCCAAAAAUGCGA